AUGAUAAGUUUCAAUUAUUUCCGUCUUAGCAUAGCUAUUAUAUUAUUUAAUGAUGUAGAAAGUUUGUUGUUUCCUAAUGUGUAUCCACGAAUAAAUUUACAAGCUAAGCACAAGCAUGUGGCAGGAGAUCCUCUAAUACUAACUCCUUAUCUAGAAGAAAACCAAAUUCAGUUGGCUCAAAACCUUUCACGCGUCCAAUUGACGGAAAAAAUUGGUUUCGCGAGUCAUGCUGGCUUUUUCACAGUCGACGUUAAACACAACUCCAACCUGUAUUUCUGGUACUUCCCAGCUUUUAAUAGAAACAAAGGGGCUCCAGUUGUCUUGUGGUUGCAAGGCGGCCCCGGAGGCAGCUCACUAUUUGGAUUAUUUGCUGAAAACGGUCCUUUAAUAGCCAAACCGAGUGGCUUUUCCAGAAGAAAAUAUCAUUGGGCACUCGAAAACCAUCUAAUUUUUGUGGAUAAUCCUGUUGGAACUGGGUUUAGCUUUACACAAGAUGAAGAGGGGUACUGCCAAAAUGAAACAUGUAUUGCAAAGGGAUUGUAUAACUUCCUUCAACAGUUCUUCAUGUUGUUCCCAGAGUUAAGGAAUAAUGAUUUCUUUAUUACUGGUGAAUCUUACGCAGGGAAAUACAUACCUGCAUUAGGAAUGUAUAUACAUAACCAAAACUCCGCUUCAGAGCAGAAGAUUUCUUUAAAAGGUAUGGCGCUAGGAAAUGCAUAUUGUGACCCAAUUAAUCAGUUAGAUUAUGGGAGUUAUUUAUACCAAAUUGGAUUGAUUGAUACGAAUGAAAGAAAUUUAUUUUAUGAAAUACAAACAAACAUAACAGAAUUAAUAAAAGCACAAAAUUGGAUUAAAGGAGACAUACUCAUGGACCACCUAAUGGAUGGAGACCUAUCUAAUUUCUCAUAUUUCAAAAACUUUAGCGGCUUUCAAACAUACUAUAACUUUUUGAUGGAAAAAGUUGACAUAGAUAUACCGGCCUUCCAAAAAUUGUUGAAUAAUGAUAAAGUGCGGAACAGUGUUCAUGUCGGUGGCCUACCUUUUAAUGACGGACAGAAAGUCCAAUUACAUUUAGUCCAGGAUAUUUUGCAGUCUGUUACAUAUGAAAUAUCACAGCUUUUAUCAAAAUAUAGGCUCCUAUUCUACAAUGGCCAACUAGAUAUAAUUGUUGCUUAUCCAUUAACAGAAAAUUUCUUGCAAAAAUUAGAUUUUUCCGCUGCAGAUAUAUAUAAAAAUGCUGUGAGGAAGAUUUGGAGAGUGGGCAAAGAUCUCGCUGGAUAUUAUAAGCGGGCAGGAAACUUAACAGAGGUUUUGGUCAGAAAUGCUGGCCAUAUGGUGCCCAGCGAUCAACCGAAAUGGGCUUACAAUCUCAUUUCUAGAUUUAUUAAAAACAAAAUAUAG